AUGUCCUCUUUCCAUCAAGGCAACUUCACCACUGCCUUGUUCAUUUUAGUCGGCUUCCCGGGCAUGGAAGCAUCUCACUUCUGGCUGGCUUUCCCCCUCUGCUUCCUCUUCCUGCUGGCCAUCGUGGGCAACUGCACCAUCAUCUACAUCAUCCGAGCAGAGCGGAGCCUCCAUGAGCCCAUGUACCUCUUUCUCUGCAUGUUGGCAGCCAUCGACAUCAUGAUCACCCUGUCCACCGUGCCCAAGAUGAUGGCCAUCUUCUGGUUCACAUCCACCAGCAUCGCCUUCGACGCUUGCUUGGUCCAGAUGUUCUGCAUCCACAGCCUCUCUGGAAUGGAAUCCACCAUCUUGCUAGCUAUGGCUUUCGACCGCUACAUCGCCAUAUGCUACCCACUGAACCACUCGUCUAUCCUCACCACGCCCAGGAUAGCUCAAAUAGGACUGGUGGCCGUAUUUCGUGGAGCAGCCCUGAUGGCCCCUUUGCCUGUUCUCAUUAAGAGGCUGCCCUUCUGCAGGUCCAACGUUCUCUCCCAUUCCUACUGCCUGCAUCAGGAUGUCAUGAAGCUAGCCUGCGCCAGCAUCAAGAUUAACAUCAUCUAUGGACUCGUGGUCAUCAUUUUCGCCAUCGGGCUGGACUCCCUGCUCAUCUCCUUGUCUUACUACUUCAUCCUGAAGGCUGCCCUGAGUUUGAGCCAAGAGGCACGUGCCAAGGCCCUCGGGACGUGCCUUUCCCACCUAUGUGCUGUCUUCCUUUUCUACGUGCCCUUCAUUGGCUUGUCCAUGGUUCACAGGUUUGGUAAGACGCAUGGCUCCAACAUCCAUACCGUGAUGGCCAAUGUCCACCUUCUGGUGCCUCCAGUGCUGAACCCCCUUAUCUAUGGGGUGAAGACGAAGCAGAUACGUCACCGAAUAGGGCGGGCAUUUUGCAGCACUAGGAGCUGA